UUCAUACCGAGGGGGAAAGGAGAUGGGAUCUGUUCCUUAAGUGAAGUAACCUUGACUUGAAAUAAAAUACGAAAUAGGAGACCUGUCGGUCGAUGACUUCAGAUGUGUCUUGAUAUAUUCUUACAGUCCAUGUCAGUUACAUAUUCUUUCAGUUCAUGUCAUGAGCUUUAAAGAAUGCCUAAGAAAGACCCAUGCCAAAAACAAGCCUGUGAAAUUCAGAAAUGUUUACAAGCAAACAAAUACAUCGAGAGCCGCUGCGCGGAUGUGAUCCAGGCGAUGCGCAACUGCUGCGCAGCACACGUUGGAGAGGGGUCUGUGUGCUGCUCAGGAUUCGUCAAAGAGCAUGCGGCCCCUGAGCAGAAGAAAUGACACAUUAAACGUCCAGCGCAGAUUCUCGCUACAUGUCUGUAUGCAUUUGGUAGUAGCAGCAGGGGAACAUAAGCUGGUUCAUUCAUCGAGAUAAAUAAACCACAUUUAAAA